CUCGGGCACAGAUGAGACUUCAGUAAAUGUUUGAAUGUGUACGAAAGCAGAAACAUGCUUCCAGUUCCAUCCGAGUUAAUUUAAUAAGAUUUAAUAUGGCAGUUGCAUAAUUUGUAUAUGUUUCUCGUUUAUAUGCCAGGAUGGGAAUUUGCAGACUUAAACUUGGUAAUUAUGUCAAAAUGAAAGUGGUUUGGACCUUUAAGCGUACUGUAUGCAGCGUGGGUUACAGAUUAAAACGUUUACAUCACCUGCAGCAUAUAGCUUUCAAUAGAAUUGCAGCAGAGAAAUGAUUGUCUGAGUUCAGUGAACAGAGACUGUGUUUUAAUAGUCCAGUGCUCUUUUAUGAAUCCCUCCACAUGCUAGACAAAUAUUAAACUCCUCAGUUAUGCUGUAAAGAGACAAAUGAGUACCGGACUGAUUUCAUUUGUAUUCAGCCACCAACCACUUUAGACAAUUAUUUAAGUUACUAUUGCAUUUAUAUUUAUUACACUGUAUGCACCAAAUUAGUGGGACACGUCUUCUUUCAAUCAGACUCGUUGACUCUGCAGUAUUAAAUAAAGCACUAGCCAUGCAGUCUCCCUUUACAAACACUGGUAAAAAAUAAAAUAAAAUAGGUUGUUCUCAAGAGCUUGGUAAAUUGGUGGGAUAAUUCAAGAUUUUAGUUCAGGGGUCAUCGAACUCGAUCCUGGAGGGCCGGUGUCCUGCAGAGUUUCUAGUAUAGAAAGUGAAACCGUAAUCAGCUGCUUCAGGUGUGUUUGAUUGGGGUUGAAGCUGAGCUCUGCAGGACCCCAGGAACGAGUCUGGUGACCCCUGGGUUAGAGUUCAUCUACUGAGACGGCCCACAGAUCAGAGCUGAAGGGCAACAGAUGUGCUGUUACUUUGAUAAUAUGACAUUAACAUGGUAUUUUGUUUUAAACUUGUCUGACACUAUUAUAUGUAUAAAUUUGGCUGAUAAAGGAUAGAUUGUGAUGCUCUUAUUUCUGAAUCACUUUUGGGUCAAAGUAGAGUUAGAUAACCAGCUGAACUGGCUUGAAUCUCAUUUUUUAAGCAGUAGAGUGAUUUCAUGGGUACACAGGACUACGAAAGUUCUGUUGGUGAUUCAUCUGAUCCUUGUCAAAUUAUUUGAGAGAAGAAGCUGUAAUGAGGAGCUUGAUUUGUCUUCUGGAGAUUGAGGAGGAAAAAAACCCCUUUGUUCAAGUGAGUAGAGGAUUAUAACCGUCUGAGAACACAAAUGACACAAUGAAAAUCAUAAUUAAAAUACCUGUUAUUACUGUUAUAUACUGUUAACUAAAUGACUGAUUACCAUCAAAACAAAUGUAGGUCUUAAUGUUAAUUAAGACCUUAACAUUUUCACUGACAAGUUCAGCUGCAGUAUUAAUAUCAUGAAGAGAAAAAAACCAACAUCAAACACUCUACAGGACUCUACAGAGAGAUCAGUCUUUAUCUUAUUGUGUCUGAAUGAGUAUCUGGAUGGAGAGCAGAUCAAACUCCAGGACUGAUCAUUAGAUCCAAACACACCUUCAUUACGCCGUCCUUUCCUGCUGAUGCUCUUAUAUGACACUGAUAUACACACACAUCCGCUCCACUCCAGCUCCCAGUAACAGCGUCCACACACACUCUCUCUACACAACACCUGACACACACCUUCAAAUCUGUCUGGAUGAUCAGGAUACGACUGGACUGUGUUAGUGUGAGGAACGAUUCUGUUGUUCUCAGACAGACGAAGAAGUUCAUUCACUGUGUUCAGAUCCAGAGUGAACUGACAGGAAUCUGAUGAAGAUAAAACACUUCAGAAUCAGGAAUUAUCAAUCUGUUUGAUCUGUUCAUGUUCAGUGUAUGAUCAGUGAGCAGAUAUCUGUCAUAAUCAUCAUCUACAUCAUCAAUUAUUUCACCUUCUACAGAAGAACAUGAACACACUCAGUGAGUUUCCUGCUUGUUUUCUUACUGACUUACAUUGUAAUAACAUUAAAGUGACUUUCAUACUUCUGUGUUAAUUAUUCAGUCUUCUGAAGGGUAGUGUAUGAAUAUUAUAGUUGCUAUUGCUCCUUUCCUGUCACUAUCCCUGUUUGCCUCUGUGUGUGUUUCUGAUUGGUCGAUAGGCAGCAGUGGGUGUCGCCCAGAAAAAUGCAGUGUCAGUGACAUCAUUAACUUCGAGGUGUAGCAAGUUGGUGGAUGCAAGCUGAAAUCAAUCAGGCUGGUCCUGUCCUUCCCAUACAUUCAUAAAUGAGUCCAAGAUAUACCAAGAAAAUUUGGACAAUCCUGGCUUCCAGUUUUAUGGGAUCAGUGUGAGGAAGGCCUUUUUCUAUUCCAGCAUCACUGUGUUUAAGUGCACAAAGCAAGGUCCCUGCAUGUGAGGAUGAGUCUGGAUUGGAUGAACACAGAGCCCUGACUGUGAUAAAGCCCUGACGUCCAACAGCUUUAAAGAUGAACUGGAAUAAACCAAACAUCAGUCCCUGACCUCACAAAUGCUCUACUGGAUGAUUUAGCAAAAAUGCCUGUUUGAGACAUGACUCCAAAUGGGAUGUUAAUUCUGUAGAUGAUUCUCAUUCCUCUCCUGUGGUGUGAGGUUGAGCAGGAAAUAGUCAUCCAUUUAUCUCAAACUAUCUCUGUUAAUGGCUCAAAGAGCCCGAACCACUCUUGGGACUAAACACGUGAUAAGGACUGGUCUUGAAUAUUCAGCUAGCUGUGAAAAUCUUCAAAUCAGUUGGUCCAUCAGACCAGGAAAGUCACCUAACCAAGUGAAUUAGACAACAAAGAAAAUACACAUAAAUCAAGAUUAUAACGCCGACUGACAACAAUGGCCUUCUUAAAGGAGCUAAGCCUCGUGAAGAACAAUUUUCUCUCUGGAAUUGAUGUUUUAUCACGACGUGCUGCACAGAUCAGUGCUGAAAUACAACAGGGUGAGAGAAGAAGCUAUAAUGAGGUGCUUGAUUUAUCUUCUGGAGAUCUGCACAGAGGAGGAAUAAAACCCAUCACAUUUGUUCGUCAAGUCCUUGCUGCCUGUUUCUAUCCAGCCCUUCUGGAGGAUGACAGCCUGCCAUUAGAUGUCAAACAAAGGGCCGAAAGUCUCCUUAGAGAAUGUGAUGGAGGAAGCGUAGGCUCAUACACAGAUUCAAGUGGAAUGGCCAAAGUUAAGCGCUGUGUGUCUCAGUUCAUUACCAGCAGAGACGGAGGAGUUCCUUCCUCUCCAGACAACAUCUUCAUCAAGUCUGGCUCACAGACGGCUCUCAUGAUUAUGCUGAAGCUGCUGAUUCGUAGCACAGACUCAUGUCGGACUGGCGUGCUCAUACCUGUACCCACGUAUGCUUCAUUUUCUCUGGCUCUGGAGGAACAGGGAGCUGCCAUCAUACCGUAUUAUCUGUGUGAGGAGCAAGGCUGGAUGCUGCAGGUGGAGGAGCUUCGCAGAGCACUUCAAUCAGCCAGAAAGACCUGCAAUCCAGCCGCACUUUACAUCUGCAACCCAGGGAAUCCAACAGGUCACAUACAGAGUAGGAAGUCCAUAGAAGAAGUGAUCCGCUUUGCUGCAGAAGAAAAACUCGUUAUACUGGCCGAUGAGGUGUACCAGAGCUGUGUGUAUGGAGACAAUACAGAGUUUUAUUCCUAUAAGAAGGUGUUAUCAGAAAUGGGCUCUACUAUUUCCAGCACUGUGGAGCUGGCCUCCUUCCACUCAGUAUCUAAGGGCUUCAUGGGAGAGUGUGGUUUUCGCGGAGGCUAUGUGGAGCUGGUGAAUAUUGACCCCGAAGUGAAGGAACAUGCUAGCAGACUUUUUUCCACUAGGUCUUGCCCGCCUGUAGUUGGACAAAUUGCACUUGAUCUCAUGACAGAUCCUCCGAAACCCGGUGAUCCUUCAUUUCCCACCUUCUCCGAGGAGGUCCAGUCCAUUAAAAACACGAUCUGUAAAAACACUGGUCGGAUUCAGGAGGUGAUUUCCGAGCUGCCGGGGGUCAGCUGCCAGCCGCUGAAGGCCGGCUUUUUUAUCUUCCCAUCUCUAUACUUCCCUCCAAAGGCUAUAAAAUGGGCCGAGAAAAGGGAGAUGGAACCGGACUUUCUGUACUGUUUGCAUCUGCUGGAGGAGACCGGUCUGCAUGCGAGGCCUGGCUGUGAGUACAGACAGAGAGAGGACAGCCAUCACAUCAGGCUUUUUGUUGGAACCCGAGAGAACGUAAUGGAAGAUGCUCUGCAGAGGCUGAAGACGUUCCACGUGAGAUUCAUGAAGGAGUUUUCUUAGUGUUGUCUUCAGAGCUGUUUAACCCUUGAAUGCACCUGCUGUCCGUCAUCAUCCGGUUACUUUGGGUAUUUUCAGCAUCUGGCUCAUAUUUGGGAUUUGAUCACUGCAAUACAUUAAACAUUUUUGUUCUUGUCACAGAACUGCAGUAUAAACUAGAACCUGAUCAUUUCAGAAUAAAUCAAAGGUAGUUAUCAUUAGUCAGAUAAAAAAAGAAAGAAGAAAACAGUGUUACACAGCACUGAGAGUAUAAGACAGAAUCUUUUUUUGCAGUGUUUCCUUAAGUAUUUAGACAAAGACAAAACAUCUUCCUAAUGCAGACUUGGACUAGUGUUUGCAAAACUAUAUAAAACAGGAUAGAUCUUCCACGGUGUGAUCGUGUCACUUUUUGAAAAAUGAGGACAUUUUUAUUAUGAUUUAUUGUGAUAUUAACUAUGCUAAAGGUUGUUGACUGGGUUUGUUCUAUUUCCUAAGCAGAACAUGUAUCCUAUGAUUAACAACAUUUGGUUGUAGGUAAUAUUUGGUAACAUUUCGGAUCUAAACCUAUUAUUUUUAAUAAAAGCUUACUUUAAAAUCA